UGGCCCCAGGCUCUCGGCUCUGCGUUCCUGCCUUGUUGGCGGCCGUGUCGUGCGUUGGGGGAUUCAUUCUUCCGUCGUCAGGCCCCACGAACCGCGGUACGCUCCGAAGACGAGGCUGCAAUGGCUUGCCAACUGUUGGAGGUUCGCCCGCCUCUUCGGCGCACCAUCACCGCCACCCCCGACGAGACUCAAGACGGAGUGCUCUCGGACCCGAUGGAAACGAGAUCGACAUCAUCAGGCAUCGAGAGGCCUACUCGUAUGCUGAGUAUUGGGAUGACUUUUACGCCGGGGGGGAGGCGGGAAGCCUUAAGGACGGAGAGUCAUACGACUGGUUCUUCGGCUACUCGAGGCUGGCGGUUUACUUGAACCUUCACGUCGGCGGGGCGAGGGCGGGCCGCGUGUUGGUGCUGGGGUGCGGCAACUCGGAAGUGUCGCCCAAGAUGUGGGAGAACGGAUGGAAAGACAUUGUGAGCAUCGACUUCUGCAACCCCGUGAUUGAGGCUAUGCAAUCGGCGCAUGCCGACAAGCCCGGGAUGGAGUGGAAGGUGAUGGACGCCAGAGAUAUGGUGGAGUUCGAGACGGGCUCUUUCGAUGCUGUGAUCGACAAGGGUCUCACUGACUCCGUCAUGUACAACGACAAGUUCUCCGUCAUGAUGGCAAAGGUGUCCUACGAGGUGGCCCGUGUGCUGAAGCCCGGAGGGGUGUACUUGAUGACCGACUACCGGGACCCCGAGCGGGUACAGGAGCUGUUCGAGCGCGACGAGUGGGAAAGCGGCUCCCUCACGCAAGAAGGAAAGAUCACCUCCAAGGUGCAUCUCUUCAAGGGAAAGCGCUCGUCUGUGGAGCCACAAACGCCCGACUUCUUGGAGGAGUUGAUAGAGGAGGUAGAGGGGGACGUUCAGGGAGAGGUGCUGGAAGCGAGCCCGCAGGAGGACUCUCAGGAGUGGCUGGCAGAUGCAAUCGCCCAGGGCACCAUUACUAUACCGGAUGAAGGCCCCGCGGAUGAGGUGCCUCACAAGGACGUGGGGCAGGACAAGCCCUUCAAAUUUUAACCAAGCGUCCUUGGCGCUAUUUUGUGUGGGUGUUUUCGUUGGCGAGCAUCGUCGAUGGCGCUAUCGUACCCCGCCUGGCCGGCCAAAUGAAAAUGUCACGUCGUCGUUGUUGCUAUCGUGCAACUGGCCGUGUUUGUUUGUGUGUGUGCUUGGGCGGGUGCUUCGUGCGGUUCGUGUGCGAAGGCUUGUGUACCUUCUGUAGUGACCCUGACGGGCCUUUGGACACGGGUCAUGUAGGGCUCGAGGAGGAGAACUGGAGCUCACGCAUUCUGACGAACAAGCGUACGGGAUGACCGCGAAGUAACCAUUCACACCAUG